UGAAGACCCAUAAGCAGAAGUUUGUCCGGAAUCUUCUCUCAAAGUGAAUUUUGACAGCAUGCUUAUUGGCCCUUCCCAAAAAAACACGCGAGAAAUGUCUGCAAAAUGAAGAUCUCUUCACAUCUGGCAUCGCUGAUUUUGACAGCAGGGUUAGAACCUGACCUGAUUCCGUUUUGCUUCAAACAAAAACGACAUUAGUAAACCGGAGUAAACAGUGUACACUUACUAGCUUGUUUACAAAUCGUGCAAUUUCUUCAUAAAUUUUGUGAAGCUAUGGCUUUCACAAGAAAAAAAGUAGAAGGAGACAUAGCUCUGGAAUAUCCUGUACAAUCGGUCACGGAUUUUCUACCUGCAGAGGAGCACAUAUUCAGCAGCACUUCAGACAAAUCUGCACUUUUCUCGUCAGAACACGGUCAGAAUCUAGAAACGUUCGAUUCGUUCUGUACUCUCUGUCAGCGCGAGUGCACUUCAGAUGUUAGCGUGCGAUUCUCGACCAAUAAGAAAGAUGAUUGUUGCGAUGCAUUCGAGUAUCGGCUGAAGUUGGAAAGUGUUCUCAAUCUCCAGUUAGAUUUAAAACAUUUUGUCGUCUGUCUAACCUGCUGGAAGCUGGUAGAAAUGUUUAUCGAAUAUAAACAAUGUUGUCUAAAAGCCGAACGAUGGGCCCAGAAAUUUGCUUGUGGAUUAGAACAGUGCGGACAGGAAAAUGAUACCUGGUUAUGCAACGAAACCGUGGAGAUGAUUGAUCGAACUCACCAGAUAAUUAGAGAUCACAUUGAUCGAUUGAAUGCAGGGGAGAUAACUACUGAAAUUGAACCUACUUUUGUUGCUCUAGAGAAUGUCAGUGUUAAGAUGGAUUUGGAUGGAGGGGAAGAAUCCACUUCAGUUACAACUGAAGAUAUACAGAGCGCAAAACGUGCAAAGAAAAAAAUAAAGGCCACAGGCCCUCGACGUACUAAUGAACUUGAUGUGUUGAUAGUAGAAAAAACUUGCAUAGAAGUCAAAGCGUGUGAUAAAUGCGAUAGGAAAUUCGAUAGUGAUAUCGGACAAAAACAGCAUUCUCUCCGCUGUAAGGGAUCGACAGGAGACCAUGACGAAAAACCCUACGUGGUCUGUUCUAUUUGUUCAGCGUCGUUCAGCGAGACUACAAUGCUAAACCAUCAUAUGAACAAGCACAAAGGUAUCAAACCGUACAAAUGCCGACAAAGAUGCGACAGUUACUUUUACAGUACAUCUGGGCGUAAGCAUCAUGAGACAAAAUGUGGUUCGGAAACACACAUCUGCCCCCACUGCGGGGCUCUAUUGAAAACCGCUGAAACAUACAGCAAUCAUAUAAUAAACGUCCACGGAGAGGCAAACGUUAGCUGCGAAACGUGUGGAAAGAUGUUCAAUUCAAAGAAAAAGCUUGGACGCCAUAUGCUGGUGCACACGAAUGUGCGAAAUUAUCCUUGCAAAGUGUGCGGGAAAGCAUUCAAAUCAUCCUACGCAGCAAAUGUUCACCGAAGAAUACACACUCAGGAAAAACCGUUCGUGUGCGAAAUUUGUGGCCAAAGUUUUACGUACAAAUGUUCGCUCAAGACCCAUGUAACCCGCGAUCAUGGGUGGCAGACAGGAUAAAGCCUUGCCGAAAAAAUUUAGCUUCAGACGUAUUGUUUUUAACAACGGAUCCGCUAUUUAUUUAACUCAGCUUAAAAAGUAAACUUUCUUUUAAUAUACGUCUUCGUUUAA